UCUCUCUCUCUCUGUAAGCAGGAAUGUGUGAUCGGGAGUCCGGUCAGUGAGCGCCGGUCUGCUCGUCUGUCUCCGCGCAGCGAAGGAGUAAAUCAUUGAUUCAACGCUUCGCUUCCAUCGACGAGGAGGAAGUGAUUUGUUUGCGGAUUCUGUGGAGACAUUCUGUAUAUGUCACAAUUUGGACUCUUUACUCGAUCGGAAUAAUUUUCUCACCUACUCGGCUGGAGAAAAGUUUCCUCUAAGACCCAAACACAGCUGGACUCUGCAGAUGUAAACACCCUCUCCAACAUCAAGCGCACCUUACAUCGGAUUUCUUCCAACAUGGAUCCAGAGUCAAAGAGUAGGUGAAGACUGCACGUGUUAAAUGCUCGCUUCAAGCCUUCCAGCGACACAGCAACUGCUCGUUUAACUGCUGUCCUGCUCAGUGACCAUAUUUACGAUGGCGUCCAGUCUGACGUGCACAGGUGUAAUCUGGGCCCUGCUGUCCCUGCUAUGUGCUGCUGCUUCCUGUGUCGGCUUCUUCAUGCCCUACUGGCUGCUGGGAACGCAGAUGGACAAGCCUGUGUCUUUUGGCACCUUCCGCCGUUGCUCCUACCCAGUGAGAGACGAGGAGAAGCAGAUCACGGUGAUGCUGGAGCAGUGUGGGCGCUACGCAUCCUUCCACGGCAUCCCGAGCCUGCACUGGAGGAUCUGCACGGUGGUGACGGGCGUGGGCUGUGGCCUCCUCCUGCUGGUGGCCCUCACAGGUCUGAUGGGCUGCUGCAUCUCCGACCUCAUCUCCCGUACGAUCGGCCGUGUGGCCGGUGGAAUCCAGUUUGUUGGAGGUCUGCUCAUUGGGUCGGGCUGUGCACUCUAUCCACUGGGAUGGGACAGUGAAGAAGUCCAGCAGACCUGCAGCAACAGCUCAGGCCAGUUUAAAUUGGGUUCUUGUCAGAUUGGCUGGGCAUACUACUGCACGGGGGCGGGUGCGGCCACUGCCAUGCUCCUUUGCACCUGGCUGUCCUGCUUUGCCGGGAAGAAGCAGAAGCAUUACCCAUACUGACAAGAGAAUAAGCGAGAAAGGGACAGACUGAGACCUUGGGCGAUACGACAAAAGGGAGGGGACUCCAACCGUGUGGACUCAGACAAGUACAGCACAUCAGGCACCGCAGACGCCAAGUCAUUACGGUGCUCUGCACAAUCUUCGGGACGCGUCUCAUCUGACGACUGCAGGGACUGUUUCAUAAUGCAGCACACACAUGGCUCUGAAAACUUCUCUUAAAAGAUGUUCCUAAAUGACAGAUUUAUGGACCAAGAGUAUUAGUAAAGUUGUUACAUUGUUUUCCUUUAUUUCUGUUAUCUAUAUCUUCUGAAUUCAUUGAUUUUAAUGUGAUGGUGUGGCCUGUAAAGAGCAGAAAAUAUAUUCCCUCAUUAUUCCUGAAGUGUUCCCACCUCCUCUGUGUCUCCCAUUCUUGCCUUAAACAACCUGAAAUGCAAUAAUACCUGUAAUAAUGUAAAGCAGUCCAGAAAAUUGGCCGCCUCCCUCCUUGGCUCAGCCAUUUUUCAAAUAUCAGACAUUUAAGCAGAGUUUAUUUAACACAUCCAUAAGAUAUACAAUGUGUAUGGUAAUGUAUUUUAUCAUGUUAUCAUGUGUUUUGUAUUCACUCUCAGAUUAUUCUUUGUCAUGCUUUUCAUUUUGUAAAUAAAUGUUUAAUUAAA